AAACGUUUAAAACGAGGUUAGGUUGAAUAUUUUUCAUUUUUUCUCUCACAACAAAUCAAAUAAUUUUGCAUAAGAACAAAAAUUGAUAAAAAUACUAUAAAUUAAUCCCAAUUAUUAAAAAUAAUGGGUUCAUCAUCAAAAAAACAUCGCAAAGAAUCCAAAAAACAUAAACGUUCCCGAUCUGACUCUGAAUCCUCAGAUGUACGAGUGGAAAAAGAUCGUGACACCUCCAGACGUCGUCAUCGUCAUCAUCGUUCACAUAAAAACGAUGGAGAAGAAACAAGAUCUCGUUCUGGAUCUUUAGUUCCAAAAAGUAGUAGCAAAUCUACAGAAGAACGUCGUCACAAACAUAAACACAAGAAACAUAAGGAACGUCAUCAUAGCAAAGAUUCCUCAAGAAGAAAAGAAGAUGUAAUCGUUUCUUUGGACAAUUCUGAAAGCGAUAGUUCUGAUUGUGUGGAAGUUCCAAUUGAAGCUGAAGAUGGGAGUACAUCAAAAUCCCAGAAGAAAUCUUCGGAAAGCGCCAGAAAUGAUGAAAAGUUGCUGUUGGAGAGGGAACAGCGCGCUCGGGAGAGAGACCAACGAGAUCGGGAGGCAGAGCUUCGUGAGCGUGAGAAGCGGGAACAUGAAAAGGAAAAGGAACGCGAACGGGAAUUCCGUGAGCGUGAACGCGAGCAUCACGAAAGGGAAAUGGCUCGGGAGCGUGAACAAGCUCGAGAUAGAGAAAGGGAUCGUGAGCGUGAGAAGUAUCGUGAUCGUGAACGAGAUCGUGAUCAAGAUCGAUAUCACGAUCAAGAGCGAUAUCAUCAACACCAAAGAGAGUCGCAACAACAGAAACCUUCCUCCUCGUCGAGAAGGGAGCCAGAGAAACGUAAAGAACGUUCACCUUCUCCAAUUCCUGAAAAUGGAGCUGGGGACUGUUUGUCCAUUGAAGAGACCAACAAGAUUCGUCUCAAAUUGGGCUUGAAGCCACUUGAAGUCGAUUCUGGGCCAAUUAAGCCAUCAACAGCUGCGGCUGAAAAGUCUUCAAAUGAAGAAAAUAAUAAAAGUGGCGCCCAACUGAACAGUUACAAGGACGAAUGGGGCGAGUUCUUGCAUAAACCAGCUGAUAACUUGAAAGACAAGGCUCAGGCGGAGAAGUUGCGUGACAAGUUAAAGCAGAAGAAGGAAAAGAGAAUGUUGGAAGAGAAGCUUAAGCGAAUUAAAACACUGGGCGAGUCUGAUGAUGAGGUCGAUGAUGUCGAAAAAUGGGUGAACCGUAACAAGAAGAAGGAAGACAUGCGCAAGGAAGCUGAAAUGAGGGCCAAGGCAUUGGAAGAAAUGGAUGCAGAAUUUGGAGUUGAUGAGUUGAUGGAGAAGGACAAACAAGAUUCCAGGCGCAAGGCCUACAACGAUAAGCAUCUUCGCGGUCUGCGUGUAGAUCACGAUAUGGAAGACUUCUCCGAAGGCAAGACUGUCAUUCUAACUCUUAAAGACAAGGACGUUUUGGAUGAGGAGGAUGAUGCUUUGGUCAAUGUCAACAUGAUGGACGACGAACAUUAUCGCAAGAAUGUCGCCAACAAAAAGAAGAACCCAUUAAGCUAUGGUUAUGAUGUGUACGAGGAGCAAUACGAUAUGCUCGGUAAUCCUAUUGAUCGAGGAAUUCUCGGAAAGUAUGACGAAGAAAUUGAAGGUGCCCAAAGGAAGAAAAACUUUGUCAUUGGAGAUAAUCUCGAAGAAAGAAAAGAACAACAGAGGAAACUGUUGGAGAUUAAAACAAAAUUGGCAGGAAAACGAUUGGAAACUCUUGAAGAUACGAGGAUUCAACUGGCCUCAGAUACAUACACUGAAGUUGAGUUGGCUAAGUUCAAGAAACCCAAAAAGAAGGUCAAAAAGAUACGACAAAAGUUGAAGGCCGAUGAUUUGCUUCCAUUGGGUGGUGAACCAGCUGAAAAGCAUUUCGGUCGACGAGGAAGAAUUCAUGCUGGUUCUGAUGACGAUGUGGAAAUGGUUCCCGAUGAAUCCGAGAUGAAACACAAUAUCGACGAAGAAGAUGAUUUGCAAAAGGUUCUAUCCAAGGCUCGCAAGUUGAAACAAAAAGAGUCGCUUAUAAAGAAGACUCUUCCAGUCGAUGUAACAGAACUAAAAGCCGAAGUCAAGGAGGAGCCAGAGGAUGAAGAUGAACAGACGAAUGGCCUGAAAGAAGGUCACAUAACACUGAAUGCUACAGCAGAGUUCUGUAGGACAUUGGGUGACAUUCCGACCUACGGAAUGGCUGGUAAUCGUGAUGAGGACUCUAACGAUAUGAUGGACUAUGAGGUGGAGGAGCGUGUCAACGAGACGAAGCAGGAAGAGCCUGAAGCUAGCACUGGAACGUGGAAUUCGGUAAAUCCAGAGGAUGUGAUAAGACCCAUGGAAGAUGACAUAUCCAAUGAUCUCGGAGAUGUAGCUAUUUUAGACGAAGAACCAGAUGUUGGUGCUGGUGUUGGAAAUGCUCUGAAACUUGCUUUGUCCAAGGGAUAUUUGGAAAAAGACGAUAAAAAUCGUCCGAGUAACUCAAAGUUGUCCUAUUUGCAAGCUAAGAAUUAUUCCAUUGAAGAUAAAUCUGCUGGGGAUGACGAUAAGUUUGGUCGACGUGAUCGCUUCCAUUCCGGACCGAUUAUGGAAUUCCGCGACAAGGAAACAUUCAAACCGAAUGUUAAAUUGGAAUACAUUGAUGACAAUGGCCGGAUUUUGAAUUUGAAGGAAGCAUUUAGAUAUUUAUCACAUAAAUUCCAUGGCAAAGGACCAGGAAAGAACAAGAUUGAGAAGAGACUUAAGAAAAUGGAACAAGAUGGGUUGAUGAAGACAAUGAGCUCAACAGAUACUCCAUUGGGAACCCUUACAAUGUUACAACAAAAACAAAAGGAAACCAAAACACCCUAUGUUGUGCUAAGUGGUGGCAAACAAGCUGCAGCUGUAAGCAAUACAACAAUAUCCAAAUAUAAGUAAAACAUACAAAAAAUACCAAUACCAUAGAAUAUAAGAGUACUUUUUUGAAAAUGUACUAUUAGUUUAAAAUCUUUAUGCAUUAUACAAAUAAAUAAUAAUC